AUGAAUGGAUGGAGUGAUAAGAGCUUUACACAGUUAUUAGAACUUUUUAAAAAGAUGCUUCCUGAUGAUAAUGAGCUUCCUAUUUCAACUUAUGAGGCUAAGCAAAUGUUGUGCCCGUUGGGUAUGGAGAUCAAGAAGAUACAUGCACGUCCAAAUGAUUGUGUAUUAUAUUGGAAGGAAUAUUGUGACUUGCAUGUAUGUCCAAAGUGUGGAGCAUCACGUUAUAAGAGAAAAAAUGGUGUUAAUGGGUGUGAGGAUAAGAAAAGCCCUCCAGUGAAGGUGUUAUGGUAUCUACCUGUAAUACCAAGAUUCAAACGUUUAUUUGCAAAUCCAAAUGAUGCAAAGAAUUUGCAGUGGCAUGCUAAAGGGAGAAAAGAAGAUGGAAAAUUAAGACACCCAGCCGAUUCUCCUCAAUGGAGGAACAUUAAUAGUAUGUUUCCUGAAUUUGGCAAUGAAAACAGGAAUCUUAGGCUUGGGUUAUGCACCGAUGGAAUGAACCCCCAUGGGCCUAAACAACCUGGGAACAACAUAGAUGUGUACUUAGCACCACUUGUGGAAGAUUUGAAAAUGUUGUGGGAUGAAGGCGUGAUGGUGUUUGAUGCAUAUAGUCAAACAAACUUCACUUUGCGGGCCAUGUUAUUUUGCACAAUAAAUGAUUUUCCAGCAUAUGGUAACUUGUCGGGGUAUACUACAAAAGGAGCGAAGGCAUGCCCUAUUUGUGAAGAUGAAACAACUGAUCUUUGGUUGAGUAAUAGUAGAAAGAAUGUAUUCAUGAGUCAUCGAGUCUUUCUCCCUACUAAUCAUCCUUAUCGAAAGAGGAAAAAGUGUUUCAAUGGAAAAACUGAGACUCGUGUGGCUCGCUUUCCAUUAUUAGGGCAUGCAAUUUAUGAACGAGUAAAAAAUAUUAAUGUUGAUUUGGGCAAAACGUCCAAACAUGCUGAAAAGGAGAAAAAUGUGUGUGACAGUAUUGUUGGGACGUUAUUAAAUAUCCAGGGUAAAACUAAAGAUGGCAUUAAAGCUAGAAAAGAUAUGGUUCCUUCAGGUUACUCGUCCAAUAUUAAAAAACUUGUGUCAAUGAAGGAUUUGAAGUUGAUUGGUAUGAAGUCUCAUGAUUGUCAUGUUUUAAUGCAACACAUGUUACAUGUUGUUAUCCGAGAUGCCUUACCAAAUGAUGUUAGACAUGCCAUUACAAAGAUUUGUUUCUUUUUCAAUGUCAUUUGUAAUAAAGUUGUUGAUCCAGAGAUGUUGGAUGAUUUGCAGGCAGAUGUGGUAGUGACUCUAUUAUUCUUAAGGUAUAUGUAUCCGUUUGAGAGAUACAUGGGGAUACUUAAAGGAUACGUGAGAAACCGAUUUCGACCAGAAAGUAGUAUCAUUGAAGGUUAUGCUGCUGAGGAGGUGAUAGAGUUUUGUACUGAUUAUUUGGAAAAUGUUGAAUCUAUUGGUGUUCCUAAAUCUCGCCACGAGGGUAGACUUACAGGAAAAGGUGUUAUUGGGAAUAAAACAGAUAUACCAAGUGCUGAUAUGCGUGAUAAAGCUCACCAACUUGUAUUGUAA